AUGCUAAAACUUCAUGGAGUUAUAUCUCUGAUUAAGUUUGUUAACUUCAUUCUUUAUGAACUUGAUGGAAAUGUCAAAGAAAAGCUUUCUCGUUUUUGCCAUGUUCAGAUAGAGAAUAUAAUCACACUCUAUGACGUUUCCAACAUCUGGCAUGUUCCCUUACUUUUGAGAGUAAGUAACGGUACUCUUGCUUCGGUAUUUCACACUAGGGAACUGCACUGGAGGUAUGGACAUCUAGGGACAUCUGGGGCAGAUCUAUGUGAUCUGCUGAAAGAACUUGUUUGGAAUUUAAUGAUUGUUUCCCCUUUUUUUUUUCACCUAAUUGCUGUGGUUGGUAAAUAUAAGGGACUUGCAGAUUCUUAUCUCUCUGUACUGAAGUUUCAAGAUAUAUGGGCUUUUAAGCCUUUGGUCCUAUCCAAAAUCCAUUCAUCACAUCACAUUUAA